UAAAAGUCUGUCUACGUGCGUUUUCUGUAAUAUCGAAGAUUUGAAUUUAUAGCCAACAUAAACUUGAUAUAGUAAAGUUAUUAAUCAAGAUUUGGAUAUUAGUACAUGAAGAAAGUUCGAGAUGGAAUUUGAAAAUACAGUUACCCGGCCUAUACCUGAUUAUACAUUGCUGAAGAUGGAAGUAACACAACAGUCGAAGUCAUGCGAUAUCAAAGUUAAAAGUGGGAAAUGGGAAAAACUGUAUCACAGUUGUGUUCUAGCUAAGAGUCCAUUCUUUGAACAUAUGAUGUGCAGCAAGUUCCGGGAAAGUUCUACAGGUACGGUAGAAUUAUCUGUUGGAACUCCAGCAACAAUCGAUCAAACCCUGAUGUUUUUAUACGGAGAAGAACCAAAGCUGACUUUGAAAAAUAUAGAAUCAUUUGUUGAAUUGGCUGAAUUCUUAAUGUUAAAAAAUUUAAAGUCAUUUUGUAUGAAAUGGCUUCGUGGUGUAUCAGUCGAGCAACUUACAGAUGAUUCAUGUAUGUCCCUGUUACAGUUGAGCACCGUCUACAACAUUACUGUACCAUAUCUAAUUAAAUACAUAGACGCUCACUUGAUGUCAUUAAUACACAAUCCGCAGCUGAUUUCUCUUGACAAACCGUCUGUUGAAUAUAUCUUAUUUGGAAAACGACUAGGAUAUGUCCCGGUUGAUGAAAAGCUGAAGUAUUUCGAGCGAUGGUGUCAGUGUCAUAUGGACACAAUCUCGUUACAGUGGGUCAAAGAAAUUGUCCAGAAGUUCAAUCUCCACGACGUUAGCAAAAACAUAUUGGAGGAUCUUGUUCAACGUCCCCCAUUUGACGGUCUUGACUGUUUAAAAGAUGCUUUAAUGAAUUAUUCUGACUCCGGAUCAAAUAUGCACAAGGUUUUGUUGAUGCCAGACGGUGUUGUUAAAAAUUGUUUUUGGGGUUUAGAUUUACAACAGAAGCAUUGGUACAGGAUUGACCCUUCAUAUCUCACGGGCAAAUAUAUGUCAACAACUGUCUUGAGCCUAAAGAAAGCUGGUUUAAGAACCUCUUCAGAGAUGUAUUUUGUCAAUUUCCGAAAGAUAAGAGAUGGGGGGAAAAGAAGCAGCAUUUCCUGUUUGAAUUUUGUGACUGGCGAGUCUAACAUGUACCGAGUUGUCCUGGAAUUUAAACCACCAUGCUGCGAUAUAAAGCAUUUUACUAUGGCUGGUGAUCUGUGUUUUGCUUGCAUUAAUAUAAAUGAUGACUCCAGGUCACUAGUAUACGCUGGUCAUGUUGGCAGAAAAUCGAUCCAUCUUUCUCAGCUGUUUUCUCUUAGAAAGGGGAAAAUCUACAAAAUGUGUGUUAACGAACUUUCAGAGUUGGCAAUUAUCCCAAACUCAAAGGAUUAUGUACUUCUGUACAACUUUACAGAAUUGUCCUUAACAAAAAAAAACAUUAGAAUUUCCUUUGUCUGACAACAUAAUUCCUUCAAGUAAUCUGGAUGACAUCGGGGAUUUAGAUGAUCUACCAUUAUUCAAUGUUAGAGAAGAUGAAUUUAUGAUAAUUGUAGACAUUCCAAAAACAAGACUAAGGUGUGAACUUAAUUGCCCGCAUUGUAAAGCUAGUCACCCAGACCUAGAUUACAGUGACCUGUCUGAUUCAGAUCUCUUGAGUUACGAUAAGACUAGUGACUCAAAUUCAAACAAUUCGUGUACGUCUGAAACUUCUGAAACGUCAGAAGCAUUUGUAUCAUCUGAAGACGACGAGUAUUCGUCUGACAAUUCAUAUCCCUUUAUGUUUUAUGGAGAUGAGUCUUCAUCUGAUUAUGAUUGAUAUCUGUAGAAAAUCCAAUUCAUAAAAUAGAUUUUCUACUGGGGCUUGUUUAGGACUUUCAAGCAUAUUUACUUGGCUGUUUGUGUAUUUCGUUUUUAUCAUCCGUCAUCGUUCACAUAGGCUUACCACGUUUGACAUAGGUUUUUGCAUUUUACAAAUAAAUUAAACAAUAACAACAUAUAUGGAAACAUCAUUUAAUGAAAUAUUUAAAUUCAUGAUUUUUUUCAGCCGGACUCUGUGAAAUACACAUAGAUCAACUAAAGCAGUAGGAAUACUCUAAUUCAAAUUAGAUUACAAUGUGACUUAGGGACAGUUGUGUCUUUUAUUUAGUUAUAAUAGUAUGGUGAAGAUAAAGAGACAAUGGAAAAGGUAGAAAAAGUAGAGAACAAAAUAGGAAAUGGUAUAUUUCAAAAAAGUAACAUUUAGUCUUAAAAUUGUUCACAUAAGACUGGUGUAAAAUCAGUCAAAUCGGACUAUGAAAAGCAUAUAAAUACGAUUUUCAAUUAAUUCAAAGUUUAUUUCUAAACUAUCUUUGCAUAUAUUUCUGUCUAAAAGUGCCCCAGCUCAUUUAUGUAAGAAAUUCAAAUGUUAUGUUUUUAGGCUUUAAACCUCAGUGGAGUCCCUUUAAUCGUUGAAUUUCUGUGAUAUUUUUCAAUUAUGUACUUGAUAGUAUUUCCCAGACACAUGGUCUGAAGGUCUUAUAUAUCAGUUGUAUAAAACAAAGGUGCUAGUGGCAUUGAUUUGACCUAAAAUGUGUUUAACCUUGUUUUAUAUAUGCCAUAAA